AACGUGGGUACAGAGGUGUUGUGGAUGGCAGGGGAAGCCAGGUUUGUUCAAACCGGGUGAUGCGAAUAGGCAUUUGCUGCGAUGGACGGGGGGAAGGCUUCCACGAAUCCGGAAUCUCGUUGUCUGUAUGCAGUAAUUUGGCCGGGGGUGGUCGAGGGCAGCCUGAGUUGAGAGAAGUUAGGUAGACAUGAACGCACAAUUAAAACAAUAAAUCAAUUUAAUGUCGAGUCUUUCAGCCAGUAAAAAGCCUAGCAAAGGAACUUUGAGUCGGUUUGACUGUUUCUUCGUGAGCUAAUGGAUUUAUGAAAACGACGAACGGAUCUUCUAUCGCUUCUAAAAUCUCUUAGAAUUGACGUGGGGAAUAUUGCGCACACCUAAUCACAUUUUAUAGUAGCCGAUGUAGUCAUAUCCUACAUGUUUUUUUCUUUCUUCGUUUUUACCUUGUACAUUUGGAGGUCUGGGAUUGGGGCAGACCUCUCCAUGGAGGAAGCUUUCUUUUGAUGCUUUGCGCAUUGUUUUCUUUUCUUUUUGGCAAGUUGGGUAAACGUGGGAAAAGUAUAAUAUAUUGUAAAAGUUUCCUCGUUUAUUACCACAUAUUUACGGGUUAAAAUAAACUACGUUGGCUAUUCAAGCUUUAAAAAAAAAAAUUCAACAUCAAAUCUCGGAGUCCAACAUUUUUCUACGCUGGCAGUUUCGUCGCCCCUCGAGGUUUUUGUCAAAAAGUUUGGCACAGUGAAUGGCUCAGUGCUGAUGCCCCAGAGGUCCGGAUGGAGUUCCAGUCACAGAGUAGUCAACAGCUGUAGCACACCCCACAGGAUGUUGGCGGUACAGAGUAUGCUGGUGGUUCUGGCCUUUCUUGCCCAGAUUUUACUCUCCCAGGCCCGACCUGCCAUCCCAGAUGAAGUCGUCCCUGCACCACCUGUGAAAAUCCAAGCGGAGCUUUACACCCUGUACCCUGGAGACCGACUGGAGCUGAAAUGUAACACUGAGUCAGUCAACUGGACCAAGGACGACGCAUUGGUGGUGGAUGGGGAGCACACACGUUUACGAGACGGCCAACUGGAGAUCGAGGGGGUGGAGCCGGCUGACUCGGGCCUGUACACCUGCGUCGCCUUUGGCAACCACAGCUCCUACUUCUCUGUCAAUGUUACAGUUGAUAUCCUGGCAUCCUCUGAAGAUGAAGAAGAGGAGGAUGAGUCUUCCUCAGAGGAGGCAAAGCUGUCUAGCAGUCAAAAGCUUUUGCCGAUGGCCCCUCAGUGGGCUCAGCCAGAGAAGAUGGAAAAAAAGUUGCAUGCUGUCCCAGCCAGUAAGACGGUCAAGUUCCGCUGCCAGGCCAGUGGGAACCCUACCCCAACACUCAAGUGGUACAAGAACGGCAAGGAGUUCAAGAGGGAUCAGCGCAUCGGGGGCUUCAAGGUUCGAGAACACAUGUGGACCAUCAUCAUGGAGUCUGUAGUGCCAUCCGACAAAGGAAACUACACCUGUGUAGUAGAAAACCAACAUGGAAGCAUUAACCACACUUACCAGCUGGAUGUUGUCGAGCGUUCCCCCCACAGACCCAUCCUGCAAGCCGGACUGCCAGCCAAUAACACUGCGGUGGUGGGCAGUGAUGUGGAGUUUGAGUGUAAGGUGUUCAGCGACCCCCAGCCUCACAUCCAGUGGCUGAAGCACAUCGAGGUCAAUGGAAGCCGCGUGGGCCCUGAUGGCUUACCCUACGUCCGUGUCCUCAAGACUGCUGGCCUUAACACCACGGACAAGGAGAUGGAAAUCCUCCAACUGAGGAAUGUGUCUUUUGAUGACGCUGGGGAGUAUACCUGCUUGGCGGGCAAUUCUAUCGGGUUAUCUCAUCACUCUGCAUGGUUGUCCGUUGUUAAAGCAGUCCCCCCUUCUCCACCACCCAACCAAACCUACCUGGAAGUGCUGAUCUACUGUGUGGGCUUCUUCCUCAUUGCUGUCAUGGUGGCCGUGGCCAUCAUCUUAAAGAUGCGCAGCUCGUCCAAGAAGAGUGACUUCAGCAGUCAGCUGGCUGUCCACAAGCUGGCUAAAAGCAUCCCACUGCGCAGACAGGUAACAGUGUCAGUGGACUCUAGCUCCUCCCUCCACUCCGGGGUGAUGUUGGUGCGGCCCUCCCGCCUCUCAUCCAGUGGCUCUCCUAUGCUGUCUGGGGUGUCUGAGUACGAGUUGCCCCAGGACCCACGCUGGGAGCUACCCAGAGACCGACUGGUGCUGGGGAAACCCUUGGGAGAAGGCUGCUUUGGCCAGGUGGUGAUGGGAGAGGCUGUAGGGAUGGACAAAGAGAAGCCAAACAGGAUCACCAAAGUGGCCGUGAAGAUGCUCAAAUCUGAUGCUACAGAGAAAGACCUGUCAGAUCUGAUCUCUGAGAUGGAGAUGAUGAAGAUCAUUGGGAAGCACAAGAACAUCAUUAACCUGCUGGGAGCCUGUACCCAGGAUGGUCCUCUCUAUGUUAUUGUGGAGUAUGCCUCUAAGGGAAACCUCCGGGAGUACCUGAGAGCUCGGCGUCCACCAGGCAUGGAGUACUGCUACAACCCUGACCAGGUGCCCAUAGAGAACAUGUCUAUCAAAGACCUGGUGUCCUGUGCCUACCAGGUGGCUCGCGGCAUGGAGUACCUGUCCUCUAAGAAGGUAACAUCAGGAUCCGACUCUACGUACAUCAGCACAUGUAUCCACAGAGACCUGGCAGCCCGCAACGUGCUGGUGACGGAGGACAAUGUGAUGAAGAUCGCAGACUUUGGCCUGGCCAGAGAUAUCCACCAUAUUGAUUACUAUAAGAAGACCACCAAUGGUCGUUUACCAGUCAAGUGGAUGGCCCCAGAAGCUCUAUUUGACCGGAUAUACACGCACCAAAGUGAUGUAUGGUCUUUCGGGGUGCUGCUGUGGGAGAUCUUCACCCUGGGGGGCUCGCCGUACCCGGGGGUUCCUGUGGAGGAAUUGUUCAAGCUGCUGAAGGAGGGCCACCGCAUGGACAAGCCCUCCACCUGCACCCAUGAACUAUACAUGAUGAUGAGGGACUGCUGGCAUGCUGUUCCCUCUCACCGGCCCACGUUCAAACAGCUGGUGGAAGACCUGGACCGUACCCUGGCCAUGACGUCCAACCAGGAGUACUUGGAGCUGUCUGUGCCUCUGGACCAGUAUUCCCCCAGCUACCCUGACACACGCAGCUCCACCUGCUCCUCGGGCGAGGACUCGGUCUUCUCCAACGAUGCUGGAGCUGAGGAGCCCUGCCUGCCAAAGUUCCCUCCCCACUCCAACGGGGUGGCCAUCAAGAAGCGCUGAUACCUCACUCCCCUCAAAUACCCUAACAUUCCUUUUCCUGUGUUCUCCUCUGUACCACUGGCCUGGUAUGGAUAUUUCCCACCUUCCCAGAGACUAGGUAACACACCAGUGGAGAUUGUGACAGGGGCUUACUUCGGAAAUGUUUAAACCGACCAGUAGGGCAUCAAGAACUCAAGGCAGUUCGCUGGCUCGUGGUUGAGGUGGAAAUGUUUUCAGGGCACUUUGUAUUGUUGGGAUUUUCUUUCUGUUUGUGUCAAACAGUGCAGGAGAAAGAAACACUCACUAAUUUCUCUACUCUGAGCAUUCCACGGAACAAGGGAAGCAGACAGGACUGAAUUGAAAGGAUUAUGAAUUGGAUGGAUCGGAGUUAGAAUUAUGUCUGUUGUAUUUGUUCAUCAAUAAUAAAUGAAAGCAUUUUGCUUUUAAGACCAAUUCCAGAGAAUAUAUUACCAAGGGACAUUCAUGCAUUGUAUACACUAUAUAUACAAAAGUAUGUGGGCAUGCUUUCAAAUUAGUGGAUUCGGCCAUUUCAUCCACAUCUGUUGCUGUCCGGUGUAUAAAAUCGAGCACACAGCCAUGCAUUCUCUGUAGACAAACAUCAGCAGUAGAAUGGCCUUACUGAAGAGCUCAGUGACUUUCAACGUGGCACCGUCAUAGGAUGCCACCUUUCCAACAAGUCAGUUUAUCACAUUUCUGACCUGCUAGAGUAGACCGGUCAACUGUAAGUGCUGUUAUUGUGAAGUGGAAACGUCUAGGAGCAACAAACAGCUCGGUUGCGAAGUGGUAGGCCACACAAGCUCACAGAAUGGGAGUGCUGAAGCGCGUAAAAAUCCUCGGUUCUUGGUUGCAACACUCACUACCGAGUUUCAAACUACAUUUGGAAGCAACGUCAGCACAAUAACUGUUCGUCGGGAGCUUCAUGAAAUGGGUUUCCAUGGCCGAGCAGCCGCACACAAGCCAUAGCUCAACAUGCGCAAUGCCAAGCAUCUGCUGGAGUGGUGUAAAGCUCGCCCCCAUUGGACUCUGGAGCAGUGGAAACGCGUUCUCUGGAGUGAUUAAUCACGAUUCACAUCUGGCAGUCCGGCGGACUAAUCUGGGUUUGGCGGAUGCCAGAAGAACGCUACCUGCCCCAAUGCAUAGUGCGAACUGUAAUGUUUGGUGGAGGAGGAAUAAUGGUCUGGGGCUGUUUUUCAUGGUUUGGUCUCGGCCCCUUAGUUCCAGUGAAGGGAAAUAUUAAUGCUACAGCAUACAAUAACAUUCUAGACGAUUCUGUGCUUCCAACUUUGUGGCAACAGUUUGGGGGAAGGAUCUUUCCUGUUUCAGCAUGACAAUGCCCCUGUGCACAAAGCGAGGUCCGUACAGGAAUGAUUUGUCGAGAUCGGUGUGGAAGAACUUGACUGGCCUGCACAGAGCCCUGACCUCGACCCCAUCGAACACCUUUGUAAUGAAUUGGAAUGCUGACUGCAAGCCAGGCCUAAUCGCCCAACAUCAGUGCCCGACUUUACUAAUGCUCUUGUGGCUGAAUGGAUGCAAGUCUCCACAUCAAUGUUCCAACAUCUAGUGGAAUGUCUUCCAAGAAGAGUGGAUGCUGUUAUAGCAGCAAAGGGGGGACCAACUGCAUAUUCAUGCCCUUGAUUUUGUAAUGAGAUGUUCGACGAGCAGGUGUCCACAUACUUUUGGUUAUGUGGUAUGUUGGUGCAAUGGUCAGUUAUUUCUUUCAAACUACAAUGUCCUUGUAAAUACAGUUAGGAAUUAAUAAGAAUAUAUAUAUAUUUACACUGUUCUUGUUUUUAUUACCAUAUUUGUUUUGUUUUUGUACAAGGAUGCUAAUGUUUGAUCCAUUUGAGUAUAAUCCAUAGGGGGAGUUUGCUACAUGAAAUUACUUUUAAAUUGUAUUGAAUAUUACGUGGCCAGUUUUUGCCUUCUCAAUUCUUUGUCAGCUUUGCUUUUUUCCCUUUAAUCAAUCGGCUGCUUAACCAUUAGUGGAAACAUUCUACGUAUAUUUUUCUUUUCAAGUACAAAUGUUUUUCAUGACAACCUGCAAUACAGCGUUAUUCUUAGCUCCACAUCCGCAGUUGAUGUCGAUUAGAGAAACCAGCAAUGUUCUCUCACUGAAAUCCAUGCUGUAGUAGUGUGUGGCAGUCUUUUACGCACCUCUUCUCAUUGAUUAUCGGUCGUUUAUUUUAAGUACGAUCACAGCUGUACAUUUUUCUAGUUAACCAUGCUUAAAAUAAAAACAGAAUGAUAUGCUUUAGAAAACACCAUGCACUUUCAUUGUGCGUGCAUGCCUGCCAUGUAAUGAACUGCUCCCCUCCAUGCUUCUACCAGGAGACCCAUUUGUUUUCAGAGCACGUGUCAUUGUAAAAGUUACAUCAAAUAAAAUGCUAUUGAAAAACUCUUAAUUUAAAGCUUUCAGUUUGAAGGAACUUAAUAAACGGGUCUGUAAAUAUCUUGA